AAGUAAAAAAUCGGAAAGAAAUUCAUUCAAUCUUCUUCUAUCCCAAGUCGCAGACCAAACCAAACCAAAGACUUCAGAUCUCAGAUUACACCUCUUCCUUACUUUUCUCAUCCUGUCCUAACUCGGACAACAAAAAUUCAAUCAAAAGCUCUUUCUUUUCUUCUCCCUGUUCUGAUUUUAGGGUUUUUGUAAUGGGUCUUGGUAACGACGAAGAGGAAGAUAAUAAUAAUAAUACCAAUAGUAACAAGGUCCAUGAUGAAAGAGAUGGUGGAUGUGGGAAGUCUUUCGCCUCAGUUUAUUGUUCCAUUUGUCUGGAGCCUGUUGCCGAUAAUGGGGAUAGAUCCUGGGCUAAGCUUCAAUGUGGUCAUCAAUUUCAUCUCGAUUGCAUUGGUUCGGCAUUCAACGUAAAAGGAGCAAUGCAGUGCCCUAAUUGUCGGAAGAUUGAGAAAGGUCAAUGGCUUUAUGCUAAUGGUAGCCGGUCAUAUCCAGAGUUUAGUAUGGAUGAGUGGACGCAUGACGAGGACCUUUAUGAUCUUAGUUACUCUGAGAUGUCUUUUGGAGUUCAUUGGUGCCCUUUUGGCAACCUGGCACGACUUCCAUCAUCUUUCGAGGAAGGGGAGUUUUCAUCAUCUGCAUAUCAUGAUGUAAUUGGACAACAUGCUAUAUUUGCUGAACAUACAGCUGUGUCAUCUGCCAGUCAUCCUUGCCCGUAUAUUGCUUACUUUGGACCAAUACAUCCAUCCUCCUCCAACUCAGGUGGAACUGUAUCAGAGGCUUCAAACUUCAACCAUUGGAAUGGUUCAUCUGUGCCCAGUGACAUACCAACUUCAUACUCAUUUCCUGCCGUGGAUCUUCACUAUCACAGCUGGGAACACCACUCCCCUCCUUUUUCGACAGCAACUACUCGUCUAGUUGCCGCUGAUCAGCCAUCAGGAUCCCCUGGUAGUCAAAGGCCAGUCAGGGGUGGUUCGGAUGUACCAAGAUCAGGAUCUUUCAUGCAUCCCUUCCUUGUCGGUCACAGUUCUGCUGCCAGAGCGGGGAGCUCAGUUUCUUCCUCAAUGAUCCCUCCUUAUCCUGGUAGCAAUGCCCGGGCUCGGGAUAGAGUUCAGGCUCUUCAGGCAUACUACCAACCACAGCAACCUCCUAACUCAACCACAAUGCGGACACCUAUCACUACUGGCUCCCGACGAUCCAGCAGUCACAGUGGAUCAGCUCAAUUAGCACCAAUAGCCACAUCGCCAGACCAAAGUGGUGGCUUUUUUCUUAUCCCAUCAAGUUCAUCAGGGCGCAAUUUUCAAGAAGAAAACCAUCUACCAAAUCACUUCCACGCUUGGGAAAGAGACCACUUGCCUUCAUUGUCAUUGAGCCAUGUUGAUAGAGAUGCAGGUUGGAGAGCAUACCACCAGUCCAGCAGCAGGUCAGACCCCGGUGCCAGGUCCAGUAGCUUCCGUUUAAGGCACGGAUCAGAUAGAAUGCCUUCACAAAAUCGGUAAUACCCUUGUAUCCUGCUCACUGUGCAGCAAACUACCAUUAUUAUGGAAAAUUAUGUAUGCUUUGAGAAAUGUUAUAUAUUGCUUUGGCACUUCAGCCUUUGGGUCUGUCCUGUCAUGACAGACUAUAUACUCUGGCUGGCCUUGGAAUUGAUUUUUCCAACAGCCACCGGUGUGAUGGACAUUUGCUUCCUCUUAGUUUAUUUGCCUCCGUGGGCAUACAAUAAACGUUAUAUCUAGUUGGGGGAAUCAGGAUUUGGAAGAAAAACCGGGGCGUUGUUAUUUCAGGUGAUGAAACAAGUGGAUGAAGGCAGCUGUGGUUGGAUUUGUAGUGAGUCAACUAUUUAUGUUUCAGAACGAUGCUCAUGCAAAUGCUGUGUAUUGAGAAUACAAGUAAUUUUACUUCUACCCAUUGGCAAGAGUGAUUUGUAAA